AGUUAACUGAAAAUUUAUAAUUCAGCUUCUUCAUACAAAAGUUAAGCAAACAUUAGCUAAGCUUAAAAGAACAACCAUUUUGUUGGAUCCAAGCCACAUUCCAAUGGCCAGAACUCUUGAAUCCCUAGUGUUCAAGCCAGUUCAGGAACUGGCCGUGGAUUGUAAAAUACUCCCGGAAAGAUAUAUUCACAAGUGCAUUGAUGAGGCCUUUCAUGUUGAUCCCCCAGUGAUAGAUAUUCCGGUUAUUGAUCUCAAUUUAAUACAACCUCCAUCACCUUCUGCAGAUCAAGUACUUGAAAAACUAAGAACAUCUCUGAGUUCAUGCGGCUGUGUUCAGGUAAUUGGUCAUGGAAUAUCAAAUUCACUUCUUGACCAAAUGCACAGUGUAGGCAAAGACUUUUUUGCACUUCCACUGGAGGAAAAACUCAAGUGCUCAAAAACUGCUCAGGAUAUUGAAGGAUAUGGGAAUGCAUCGGCACAUUCAGAUGAAAUUCAUAAUUGGUCUGACCUCUUGAAUCUUACUAUAAGCCCUGAAGAUCAGAGGAAGUUCCAGUUUUGGCCUCAAAAUCCGAAAAUUUUUAGCGAAACAUUGCAGGAAUACACUGACAAGCUGGUAUUGUUAAAUAAAGUUGUUUUAAAGGCCUUGCCAAGGUCAUUGAACUUGAAAGAGAGCUGCUUUUUAGAUCAAUAUGGUGAAAAUGCAAACAUGUUCGCAAGAUUUAACUACUACCCUCCCUGCCCAAGGCCUGAUCUUACACUCGGAGUCAAAGAGCAUGCAGAUGGAUCAGUUAUUACAUUCCUUUUGCAGGACAAUGAAGCAGGAGGCCUCCAAAUCUUGAAAGAUGAUCAUUGGUUUACUGUACCUACUGUCCCCGGUGCACUUCUCAUUAAUGUUGGUGAUCAAGCUGAGAUAAUGAGUAAUGGAAUAUUCAAGAGUCCAUUGCACAGAGUGGUAACAAAUUCAGAAAGAGAGAGGCUGACUGUGGCAGUGUUCAGCAAUCCGGAUCCUAGUAGAUAUGUUGAACCAGCAGAAGACCUGAUAUCAGAGAAAAGCCCGAGGUUAUACAAGAAGGUCCAUAAUUAUCUUCGUAUUUAUUUUGAGAGCUUUCAGCAGGGAAUGACAGGUAUCGAAGCAGCAAAAAUCUAAUAGUCAUCCCUGUAGACAAAACAUGGGACACAAGUUUGAAAUAAUGAACAUGUAAAUUGUAAUAGACUGUCUUAAGCCCGUCUUUGGCAUACAUAAUAUUGUAAUUUUGUCAUGUGCUACAAGAAUAAUGAUAUGGGUAUGAUUCAGAGCA